GAUAGUUUCACGCUACAUAAUUGAGCACUUCAACGAUACGCGCAAAUAUUUGAGUCCUUUUGGCAGACAGGUUAAGCUAUCUAUAAAUUUAUCAGAGUAGCUCGAAUAUAUUCAAAAUUGUCUUAAUAUGACGCUUGUGUUGGUGAUUGUUGCCUAUUGCUUUCCGUAGUGAAUGUAAGUGUAUUGUGUGGGCUUCUGGGUCGUAGACUUAUGUUUUCUAUUAUCUUUUCCAGGCUUCACGCUAUUUUGCAUGCUCAACUAGUACACAAAGUACUUUCUGACUUGACACGAACCGCUACAGUUGUAUGCCAUGGAACCUCCACAUAUGCUUAUCCCAAGCCCAAUAUUUCAUAAAAGAAACAGAACCAUGUCCCAAUCAGAAGGUGCCUCUAAAGGAGAGCAUGGUAGUGGAAAAAUAAUUAGCUUUUGUCGUGAUAAAGGACAUGGUUUUAUUAAACCUGAUAACAGUGAUGAUUGUAUUUUCGUGCAUGUUUUUGAUAUCGACGGUGAAUACGUGCCUAUCGAGGGAGACGUUGUGGAAUAUCGUAAGAUGCUCAUCCCUCCGAAGAAUGAAAAGUACCAAGCAGUUCACGUUAGAAUAGUCAACCUUAGUCCAGAAAAGCAUAAAACCUGGGAUGAACCAGCCUAGUUCUACAUUUAAUUCAAAUAACUGACAUCUUGGUUGGUAUUUUCAAAAACCGG